AUGGACCCACACAUGCCUUCUUCUCCUCCUUUCCCCCAACCCUUCCCAAAGAAGCCGCCCACCGACGACGACACCAGUAGUGGCGGCGUCGACCAGCUGGCCCAGGCCGCCAAGCUUGCCGAGGCCGGCGACGUCUUCGCCGCCCGCCAGAUUUUGGCGCGGCUCAACCACCGCCUCCCCGCCGCCCCCACGCCGCUGCUCCGCUCUGCCUUCUAUUUCAAGGAGGCACUGCGCGUCGCCCUCUCGUCGCCCACCACCACUACCGCCGCCUCCACCAACUCCACGCCGCUCGACCUCCUCCUCAAGCUCACCGCCUACAAGGCCUUCUCCGACCUGUCCCCGGUGCUCCACUUCGCGCACUUCACCUGCGUCCAGGCCGUGCUCGACGAGCUCGGCGCCGCCCCCUGCAUCCACGUCCUCGACUUCGACAUCGGCGUCGGCGAGCAGUGGGCCUCGCUCAUGCAUGACCUGGCCCAGCGCCACACCCACACCGGCGUCGCGCUCAAGGUCACCGCCCUCGUCUCCACGGCCUCGCACCACCCGAUCGAGCUGCAGCUCAUCCACGACAGCCUCUCCAGCUUCGCCGCCGAGCUCGGCGUCCCAUUCCGGUUCGCCGCCUUUGACCUCAACGCCACCGACCUCACGGGCCUUCUUGCCGUUACCGCCGGCGACGCCAUUGCCGUGCACCUCCCUGUCGGCUCGGUCCACGCUCCCGCGGUGCCGUCCGUCCUCCACCUGGUCAGGCGGCUUGGCGCCAAGCUGGUUGUCUCCGUCGACCGCGGCUGUGACCGCGGCGACCAGCCGUUCGCGGCGCACCUGCUGCAGGCAUUGCAGUCCACCGUGUUCCUGCUGGAGUCACUGGACGCCAUGGGAACGGACUCGGACGUGGCGGCCAAGAUCGAGCGCUUCUGGGUGCAGCCAAAGAUCGACGAGUGCGUUCGUGCCGCCGCCGCGGGCGACAGGACGCCGCCGUGGCGGGCGACGCUGGCGUCGGCGGGGUUCGUGCCGGUGCAAGUGAGCAGCUUCGCGGAGGCGCAGGCGGAGUCGCUCCUGAAGAAGCUGCCGGUGAGGGGGUUCCGACUGGAGAGGCGCGCCGGCUCGCUCUUCCUCCAUUGGCAACGCGGCGAGCUUGCCUCCGUCUCCGCAUGGCGGUGUUGA